UUACAGACUGAACCCUCAAUAGAUACCAAGCAGAAGCCAUUGAAACAAGGAAAAUUGGUGAACACUUCUAAAGCAUAAAGGAAAAUAAAAUUAAGAUGGGUCAACUGAGUGGAGUUAGAAGGCUAACACGAAAUCCCCUCAUGAUUCGAUUUGCUUAUUUUGGAUGUAGGAACCGGCCAUUUUUUCACAUUGUUGUGAUUCCCCAACGAAAGCCUCGAAAUGCUACAUGUAUUGAGCAAAUUGGUACCUACGAUCCUACAGUGAAUAAGUUUGGUGAGAGCUUAGUAGCCGUCAACUUUAGCCGACUGAAAUAUUAUGUUGGAGCUGGUGCACAGUUCAGUAAACCUGUUGCAGAACUUUUAGGCUUGAGUGGUUUUUUACCAAUACAUCCAAGAUCUGUGAUAUCAGCUGCAUCCCGACGGAAAAAGGAGCAAGAAGAAGCAGAAAAGAAUGCCAGCAAAGACUCAGCAGAAUCUGAACCUUCCUCAUGAUUUCCACAAUCAUUUUUUAUCUUUUUUGUGCAAGAAUUUUCAUGAAAUAAAGUAAAAAAAAUUGUUAGAUGUA